AUAGUCAACAGGUAACAAGUAGAGAGAGAGAGAGAGAGAGAGAGAGACAGACAGACAGACGGAGGGAGAGAGAGAGAGAUACCCCAGGGGCAUAACUCAGACACUGAAACAGUCAUCACCUUCCAAGGACCAGAACAGCACAAGUUGAAAAAGAGGCUAAAAAAUAACUUUCAGGUUAUCCUGACAGCAGGAAAGGACUGAGGACUCUAUUCAUACCUGUCCCCAAGGAGACGACAAGGUCAGCCCAAGGACAGACGCACAGCAGCAUCAGGAGGAGGUGAGAGAGGCUACAGACUAACUGACCAUGGCGUCGUUCGAACCUCAGGGUCAGUCUCCUCCUUGCUGUGGCCCCCAGUUCCCCAGCCUGGGCCAGGAACCUCCAGAACUCAGCAUGUACAGUGACUGCUACUACCCUCCUCCAUCGCUCCCCAGCCCCCAGCGCACCACCCCCACCUCCUAUGACUACAGCACCUCCUCCCCUAAUCCUUACCUGUGGUUCAACGGAUCCGGCAUCAACGCUCCCCCAUAUCUGGCCACCACUGGGCCCCCAGGAAACCCCGGGCCACCCUUCGUUCCCCAGCACUAUGGGAUGCAGAGGCCUUACCUGGGGCCUGGCGGGGCAGGGGUCCCUGGGGGGGAGCUGGGCUGGUUCUCUCUGCCCUCACAGGAAGACCUGAUGAAGCUGGUCCGCCCGCCCUACUCCUACUCCGCCCUCAUUGCCAUGGCGAUCCAUGGCGCCCCGGAGCGGAGGCUGACCUUGAGUCAGAUCUACCAGUACGUGGCCGAUAACUUCCCCUUCUACAACAAGAGCAAGGCUGGCUGGCAGAACUCCAUCAGGCACAACCUGUCACUCAACGACUGCUUUAAGAAGGUCCCCAGAGAUGAGGACGACCCUGGUAAGGGUAACUAUUGGACACUAGACCCAAACUGUGAGAAGAUGUUUGACAACGGAAACUUCCGUCGUAAAAGGAAGAGGAAGUCUGAUUCACUGUCUGGAGGAGAGGGGGGGUCAGGGGGGUCGGAGCCAGGUGAGCCAGGUCGGAGCCCCGAACCCCCCAGCAACCACGGGAUCGACAUGUCUCCCACGCCAGAGAGAAUCCCCACCCCUUCAACCACAGGUCCCGCCCCUUGCUUGAGCAGCUUCCUGUCUGAGAUGUCUGGAGUGGUGUCAGGGGGAGCCAAUGAGAUCGUAGGAGAUUCGCUGAACCGGGCCCUCCCCAUAACCCUUACCCUGGAUGGGACCCAGAGGCCUACACAGCCUGGGGGUUUUGGUAGUUACUCCCCCAGCUCGGGUGCUUCGGAGUGGGCUUCCCAGCUGCCGCCUCCCCCUGGCCUCUCCUCCUCGCCCACCCACUCUUCCCUGGGUUACAGCAGCCCCAUCCUCAGCCAGUUCAAUGGGCAUUUCUACCCUGGCUUGGGCUCAGCAAGCAUCCUAUACCCACGGGAAGGCACAGAGGUCUGAACAGACUGAUAGACAGGGAGACAGGGAUGGGCAGAAGACAACUAGAGGUCUGAACAGACUGAUAGAGGGGGAGACAGGGAUGGGCAGAAGUUAGCUAGAGGUCUAAAGACACUAAAGAAAGGAGAGUGAGAAAGAGACUUCUACAUGAGACUGAACUGAACCGUCUGCUGACACACACAUACACACACACACGGUAGUCAGUUAAAGCUGACAGGGCGGGACUCAGUUGCGUGUGACAGCAAGAUGAGCAGGGCCUGGUUCCCACGGAAACAGCCGAGUCAGCAUCGAUGAUGCUUCACGCACACACACACACACACAAACACACGCACACACACCUGUUUAAUCAUCUAUAAUUGCUGACUGUCAUGACUGACAAUUUUAAUUUGUAUAUAUUUGUAUUGAAUGUUUUAUUUGAUUGUUUAUAUAUGUUAUUUGAUUGUUUAUGUAUGUGUUUUUAUCUCUGAGUGCUUGGGUCCAACAUAUUUGUUCAACAUUGUAAAAUAUUGUUUUGCUAUGAAUGGCUCAGACCUGGGUUCAAAUACGAAUGGCUCAGACCUGGGUUCAAAUACAUGUGUUUUGCUAUGAAUGGCUCAGACCUGGGUUCAAAUACAUGUGUUUUGCUAUGAAUGGCUCAGACCUGGGUUCAAAUACAUGUGUUUUGCUAUGAAUGGCUCAGACCUGGGUUCAAAUACAUGUGUUUUGCUAUGAAUGGCUCAGACCUGGGUUCAAAUACAUGUGUUUUGUUAUUUGAAUACAUUUUGCUGUGUAUUUAAUUAUUUUCAAAUACACAGCUCAAAACAAGUAUUUUUAUUUGAGUAUUUGAAUGGUUAUUUGUAAAAACCAAAUAGUUGACCACAUUUAAUUUGAAAGUAUUUUCUAACAUUUAUUUUAAAUAUAUAUAUUUUUUUUUAAUAUCUGGGAUAAAUGCAUAGGAGUGUAUUCGAGUCAGUGUAUAUGAGUAUUCCCAAAUCAAUUCCAAUAUUCAACUUGUUUUUUCUAAUAAAUGUGAUCUGAAUACUUGUUUAGAAAUUACUUGGAAAAGUAUUUGAAAUACCUGAAAUAGUGUUUGAACCCAGGUCUGGUAUGGCUUAUACCAACAUUGGUCUGAUGGUUGUUUUUGAUAAGAAUAAUAAAAUACAGGAAAAUGUUC